GAGCCCAGGCUUUCCCCGCUCCGCCCCGCGGCACUGCGCAUGCAUCACCACCCCUGACUCACCCCGCUGGGCUGCGGGAGGCGGACGAGCUGGGUGCGGGGCGAGAGAGGCGGUGGGGACAGCCACCAUGAACCGCCUGGGCAAGAAAGCGAAUGAGACUCUGAUUGAGAUGGCCCUGUCGGCCGACGAUGACGUUGCAGUUCUCACCAGGUUCAAGCGGUUGUGGUCAGAAGGGGAAGAAAGCAACGGACCUUUAUGUGAAACCAUUUCAACUGCAGGAUCUGAGGUCCCAAGUGGCUCUGAGGGUCUAAGCAGCACUGAGACUACUUUACUCAUCCCCGAUCAUCAAGUGCAGAGUGGAAGGAGAUAUAAUCUGUUCCUGAAGCGACGACUAAGGAUCGAUAAAAGGCAUGAAAGCAAAGAUUCAAUAUUCUUCAGGGAUGGUGUCAGGAGGAUUGAUUUUGUUCUCUCCUAUGUGGAUGAUCUUAAUAAAGAAUGGGAAAAGAAGUUGGAAAGAAGAAAAGAAUUUGAGAGCAAUCUGCAGAAGGCCGGUUUGGAACUAGAAACAGAAGACAAGAAGGAAUCUGAAGAUGGCAAAAUUUACUUUGUGAAGAUCCAUGCCCCGUGGGAGGUUCUGAUCACAUAUGCGGAAGUGCUGAACAUUAAAGUUCCCAUCAGGGAAAAUGACAUUCCCUCAACGGUGGAGAACCCCCUGGACUGCAUGCUUACACCGUUCAGGCUGCCUGAGAAAGUGAUGCAUCCAGAGCCGGAUUAUUUCACUGCACCAUUCAGCAAGGACAAGCAGGAGCUGUACCUCAUUAAUGAUGAAAGCACUUUCUUCUCGCCGUCUAUGAGAAACAGAAUAGUUAAUUAUAUACUUACACGUUGUCCAUAUGGAACAGAAGAAGGGAAGAAGAAGUUUGGGAUUAAAAGACUGCUGAAUAAUGGCACCUAUUCAGCUGCUUACCCUCUUCACGAUUGUUUGAGUCUGUCGAUGAGCUGUUUUGCCUUUCCUCUGAUUUGCUCACAGUGCCAGUACUGGAAAAAAGCAAGUGAUCCAAACUGUGACAACGAGAGAUACACGCUAUACAUGGAGUGGGCCCGUUUCUUGCGGUUCUACAAAGAGCAGCCAUUGGAUCUCAUCAGGAAGUACUAUGGUGAAAAGAUUGGAAUCUAUUUUGCCUGGCUAGGAUUUUACACUGAGAUGCUAUUCCUUGCUGCAGUCGUUGGCGUAAUCUGUUUUCUUUAUGGCUUGUUUACAAUGGAUGAAAAUAUGAGCAGCAAAGAGAUCUGUGAUCCUGCAAUUGGAGGAGAGAUCAUCAUGUGUCCUCUUUGUGACCGAGACUGUGAAUACUGGAGACUAAACACCACCUGUGAGUCCUCAGAGUAUUCCCAUUUGUUUGACAACGUGGCAACUCUUUUUUUUGCCAUUUUCAUGGGCAUAUGGGUUACGCUUUUCUUGGAGUUCUGGAAGAGGAGGCAAGCAAGAUUGAAAUACGAGUGGGAUUUGGUUGAUUUUGAAGAGGAACAGCAACAACUCCAGCUGAGGCCAGAGUAUGAGGCCAAAUGUACCCAAAAGAAGAAGAAUCCUGUGACUCAGGAAAUGGAGCCUUAUUUGCCUCUAACAAGCCAGGCUGUGCGGUUCUGCAUCUCAGGAACUACAGUGUUGUUCUGGGUGUCUCUGAUCAUAGCUAGCAUGAUAGCUGUGAUCGUCUAUCGCCUUGCAGUCUAUGCUGCCUUCGCAAGCCUCAUGGAAAACACUCAGACUCUGCAGCCCAUCAGUGGAUUACUGACCCCUCAGCUGGCAACUUCAGUCACAGCCUCUUGCCUCAAUUUUGUCAUCAUCAUGAUACUGAAUUUCAUAUAUGAGAAAAUAGCUAUCUGGAUCACUGAUAUGGAGAUUCCCAGAACUCACAUGGAGUAUGAGAAUAGGCUCACUAUGAAAAUGUUUCUGUUCCAGUUUGUCAACUACUACUCAUCCUGCUUCUAUGUGGCCUUCUUCAAAGGAAAGUUUGUGGGUUACCCAGGUGCAUACACAUACAUGUUUAAUCGCUGGCGAAAUGAAGAGUGUGAUCCUGCAGGCUGCUUGAUUGAAUUGACGACACAGCUCACCAUAGUCAUGGCUGGCAAACAGAUCUGGGGAAAUAUCCAAGAGGCCAUUGUACCCUGGAUUUGUAACUGGUGGGGACGCCGCAAAGCCAGAAGUAAUCCAGAGAACUUGUAUAGUCGCUGGGAGCAGGACCAUGAUCUGCAGACGUUUGGAGCCCUGGGCCUCUUCUAUGAAUAUCUGGAAAUGGUCAUUCAGUUUGGAUUCAUUACUCUCUUUGUGGCAUCCUUUCCCCUGGCUCCUCUUCUUGCUCUGAUGAAUAAUAUCCUGGAGAUUCGAGUAGACUCCUGGAAGUUAACUACUCAGUACAGAAGACCCGUGGCUGCAAAAGCACAUAGCAUAGGAGUGUGGCAAGAAAUCCUGAAUGGAAUGGCCAUCUUGUCUGUUGUGACUAAUGCUUUUAUUGUUGCGUUCACAUCGGAUAUGAUUCCUCGUUUAGUUUAUUACUACGCUUAUUCUGAAAGCGAAGACUCACCGAUGUCUGGAUACAUAAACAAUAGUUUGUCAGUGUUUGAAAUCGCAGAUUUUCCUGACAGAAACAAGCCUAAGCAGAAUCCAGAAGGUUUUGAACAAUGCAGGUACAGAGACUAUCGGUACCCUCCAGAUCAUGAGAGGAAAUAUUUACACACAAUGCAGUUUUGGCACAUUCUUGCUGCAAAGCUGGCAUUUAUAAUUAUUAUGGAGCAUGUUGUAUUCAUCGUCAAAUUCUUCGUAGCGUGGAUGAUCCCUGAUGUCCCUGCAGAUGUUAAAGCCAAGAUAAAACGUGAAAAAUACUUGACACAGAAAAUCCUACAUGAGUAUGAACUUGAAAAACUGAAGGAGAGACUAUGCCAUGGUGAUAAACGAGCUACGGAAAAGGAGUUCAUUGCCACAGAAGGGAGGAUGGAGUUAUCCAGAGCAAUGUAGUUGAAGAAACAACUAUGUGGGAUUCAGCUCAUUUUAGCUUCUUUGGUUGCUCAGUAUGCAUCAUCUUGAAGGCUGUAGGACGGCUUCAACCCUUUGCUUUCGGUCCAAAGAUUUUAGACUUCUCUUUGAGAGUCAUACUGAGCAUUUUAGGUUUAGUGGAAACUAUUUAAAGACAUGACUUUGGCACCAUUCUCUAUGUAUGCAUCACUUCAAAUAAUUAAUGUAAUCUUGCAAUCCUGUAAUUUGGAUCCUCAGUACAAGGAUUCAGAAGGUAUCAUACAGUCAUUAUCACCAAGCCCUUACCCUGUAUCCCAGCUGAAUGAGAAAGAUAUCCCAGAGGACUUCUGCCGUGGAAAUGCUGAGCAUUACCUUACAAUGUGAAUCAUUAAAAGCAGAAAGCACUGCUGGUAGAAGAGCUGGGUUAGGGUUUGGGGUGUUUUUCUAUCUACUGUGUCUUCUGAAAUGUUUCUUCCUGGCUUAUAAUGUCUAUACUCUUUAUAGAAGGAAUAGGUUUUUAAAGAUAUACCAGUUUAAUUCCGUUUGGAAUUAUUUUAAGGCACAGAAUUCAGUUAAUACAUACUAAUGAAGGAAAAAUACCCACUGUAAUUUAUUUUCAUUAAGUUAUGCCUGCCAUAGAGUUUGCUCUUUAAAUGCAGAUACUGUGGAAUCAUUGAAUUAAUUUUCUAAAGGCUGUAUAUGAUUUGGAGAGAUACAGCUGAUUUAUUUCUCCAUUGCAAAACUUGCCAUUGGAAGAACGUGCUUGACGUAAGUUUUGGGCCAAGCUGCUCCUUUGGUUGGAUUCUUCCCAUCUUUGCCAACUGAGGCCUUAAAAUCACAUGCUCAUACCGUGUGCUGUGGAGUGUGACUCCAGAGCACAGCAGGUUGGGAGUUGGACUGCCACGUUAAUUGAUCAAACCAUGUGCUUGUAUAGAGAGUAGGAUUCACAUUCAGAUGAUUUUAGGAAUGCCAAGUACUCCAUGUUUACGUUGUUACAGUCCUUAUACAUAGGAGCCUUUCUAUUAUCAUGUUUUCUUUUUAAUCUUCAAGAAGGUAUUUCUUUUGUUCUGUCACAGGGCCUUUCUGGUUAUAGAGUGUGUAAGUAGGUAAGUAACUACUUGUGUAAAGUAGCUACCAGCUGUUUACAGAUGUGCCCUUGUUUUAUAUUUUUAAGCAGUUAUGCAUUUUUUUAAUGAUUUUGCUGUAUAUUUAAAACAUACCGACACUUGCACACUUAGUGCCUUGUUUAUCUGCGUUUGGCAAAAGAUGUGAAAACAAUCGCUAUGUGGAAACGAGCAUUUCCAAAGUGUGCUUGCAGGCAUCAUGAUACUGUGAACCUGCACACGUAAGUGUAGUGUUAGCCACGCAAUGCCUGCCUCGGCACACAUGUCUUUGUUAGUGCUAUGCAAACCAUUCAUGCCCAACUGUCCAUACCCAGAAUGCUUGGAUCAGCUGGCACCAGGCUGUUGAGUUCUCUCAUGUACAAGUACACUGGCUGGAGAGAUGAGAGAUUUUAACAUAUUUGCACUUUGAAAGUUAUACUUCCCUGCAAGUAUAUACAAAUAAAAAUAGUGUAUUUCAAUGCCAUAUCAGCCAAUAAUGUACUGUUUACAAGAUCCACAACCAAUGCUUUCCAGAUUUUGUUUCAACAGACGAAGCCAAUUUUUGACUAAUAAUCUUAAUGUUGUAACAGAGUUCUAAAUCAGUGUCUUGGGUGGAACUGUAAUUACUAGCAAAAGUUCUAUCACGGAAGUGCCUACCUCAAGCAAACAUGGUUUGGCUGCCAGUCAAGGAGUUGAAGCAGGUGUACAUUUCUCUCCAUUUCUGUAAGUUAUUCAGCUUAUUCUGUCAGUUUGCUUAGCAGAUCGAGCAUAUUGGCAGUUCAUGUUCAUGAUGAACUGACUGUGUUCUUAUCUAUUCGGAUCGGUUUGAAAUAAUGGAUUUAUUGCAGGAACGUGUGUGUGAAUAAGCUAGCUCUGCUGCUUAAUGUGUAAGCCAAAGAAAAAUAUCAGCCACCAUAAUUAUGUAUGUGACACCAGAACUUAUAUACUGCAAGCACUUUGCUGCUUCGUACAUCUGUACUGUUAAUUAAGCUGCUUAAUUUAGAUUUCAUGGUUCUUUUUUCUCCUGUUAGCAAAGCAAACUGUUGUUUCAAAUAGUGAAGCGAUGAGGUGCAAAGUGAUACUUCAGUGCAAAACAUGCAUUGAAAUUGAAAAAAAAUAUUGGAAGAUUCAGCUUUAGAUUCCUGCAUAUGGAACUUUAUUUAGGCCCUAUAAUAAAUAAAGUGUCCUAAUUUGCUGUACUUGAAAGGUUGUCAGCAAAAUAACUGUCUUUUGUGAAUGAUUCUUGCAUUAAGAGCAAAUGUCACAAAGAAAUUCAGUGCCUGUUUGUGUAAGAGUUUGCCUUUGCUUGUCAUUCAGUAGUAUUACAGCAAGAGAUCACUGGCACACUUAGAAGGAUUAUGAUGAUCCAAGAGCGUGCUUCCUGAAGUGCUCCUGAAAAGUGAUAAAACCAGCAAAAAUGGCCUGGUGGGUUAGAGGAUGCAGUUAUUGUUAAUGGGCCGGGGUUUGAUAUGUUCAAAACAGGCAUCUAAAAGUGUCCUUUGACCAAAGCGAAGUUAUUUCCACAUUGGAACUGCAACAGGUAAAGCUACAGCAGAUUGCUUCAUUAGAAUUAGCAAAAAAUAAUCAAAUUGGCUUUUCAAGUGUCAUACAAUCAGGGAUUAUCGUGUUUCCAGAUGAAAUCUAGUAUUUAUAUAUUAGAUUGAGAUGAGAUGAGCAAAUGACUGCAAAAUGAGUGCUACUAUAAAACACUAUGCUGUUUUUUUUCUAUAAUAUGUUAUUGUUUUUUGGUUGGUUUUUUUUUAUGUAAUAUCAGUUGGAGACAAUGGGAAAGAGUGGAAAUCCAUGGACUUCUGUACUGUUGUGUGUGUACUGCUUGUCCUGAAUCAUACUGUCAUGUAAUCAGAGUGGCAUUUCUGUCUGCUAUGUAUGUUGCUGGUCUAUAUGAUACACUAAUGUUUUUUAAACGUUGCAUUUGGCUAACUUAUAUAUAUAUAUAUAUAUAUACAUUUAAUAACCUGGCAAAUAAAGCAGUGUUUAUUUUUAA